CCCUGUAGCGUACCCGGUAAUUCAAAUCCGCUGCUCCGGCUCCGGCGCCCCGCUCCGACCCGACCGGCUCCGGCUCCGACAGACCGGGGGAUAAUUAGGGCUAAAUACAACCAGGCUGAUACUAAUUAAGCCAGUAGAAAAUGCGACAGCGGCCGAAAAAGCAAUGUGAUGUACACUUGCAGCGCACAGUAUCAUACCCCGCCCACGGAAAACGGGUCGAUACAAGUUAUAGUGCAGACGCGUCAAACACAAUAACAGUCGGAGGUGCGAACGGCCAUUAUUAGACAUCAAUCGACGUCAUCGUAGGAUAUCGCCAGCUUGCCAGCCAUCACAGAUCAUUGGCCGUCGUGGUGCAGCAACGAAUUCUCUUCUUCACUGCACCGCAUUCUCUCGAGUAUCUACUCCGAACUCGCUUGCAACAUGUCUUCCGCCGGGUGGUCGUGGUCGCCGACGCGCGCGCUCGCCACCUUCAACGCCAAUAUCGUCCCAAUCGCGCCUCGUCCCGGCCUCGCGCCGAAUGCGCUUCCCAAGUUGGCAAAUGGAAAUCUGCAGAGUUUAGCUGGCCAUGGAAACCAGUCGCCGCCAGGCCCGACAAACGAGAAUGUUGCGCCGGGGCUCAGUAAGGCGGGCAAGGUGCCGCAGACCCCUACGCCUGCGCCAGUCGCUGCACCUGUCCCGGCCGAAGCGAAACCAGCUUCCAGGAAGCGCAAGUCAGAUGUCGUCGAGACCAAGGAGGACCUGUUCCCAGAGAAUGUCGAGGAGAUUGACUCGGAUGACGAGCGCCUGGGGCCAACUCGCUCCGACACCUGCAACGCGGUACGCCGCAAGAUCCGCACCUGGAUCGACUCCGGCGCCAUGAAGGUCGGCCAGUUCCAAGACGCCAUAUGCGUUAGCUCCAAGGCGUACGGCUCCUUCAUGAACCGCACCGGCACCUGGGACGGCCAAGGCUGCGACACGUACUACAAGGCGUGCGCCUUCUUCAAGAAGCGCGAGCUGCAGGGCCUCCCGCUCAAGGCCACCAAGCCCAAGAAGCCCAAGACGGCCGAGAGCACGCAGAAGGCGGCCGAGUUGUUCGACGUCGGCGACGUGACGCUGCCCAGGGAGCAGUCCAACAGCGUCCCCAUCUUCGACACCUGCGACGAGGUGCGCAAGAAGAUCCGCGCGCUCCUGGCCAAGGACGGCGUCACCCAGGUCGCCCUAGUGCGCGAGAUCUCCAAGACCUUCACCGACGACCGCAAGGUGUCGGCCGCCAACCUGCGCUCCUUCAUGGGCCGCAGCGGCGUCAUCGACGGCAACACCAACAUCACAUACUACGCGGCCUACGUCUUCUUCGAGAAGCAGCGCGUCAAGGCCGGCAAGCCCAAGACCAAGUUCCGCGAAGAGAUGGAGAAGGCGCACAAGAGCGGCGGAGUCGACACGGAGCACAACUCCAACGGAGGCAUGUGGAUGUCGGGUGACGAGACGGCAAGCAUGGACAAGUACGGUAUCGUGAAGAUCGUUAGAAGGAGGUGAAGGGAUCGAAAUUAUGACAAUUUACAUGGCGAAAACGGAUUGUUGGUGUGGAAUUGCCUUUCUCGCGAAUCACUUUGGGGUUCCUACGACAUGCUCAUCAGAGAGUCGGAUACAGGAACAGCAGCGAGCAGGCGUCUUUUAGGAUGGUCAGAUAAACCCGGUUCUCUAUUUCUUAGUUGCGACAUGAUUCCUCCAAGAUCUUACAUCCUUCCACCGUUUCA